GAGGGUGGAUAAAGCAAGUUACAUUCUGCACCUUCUUAUUUUUGUGCCACAUCCCGGAGUGCGUACGUGUGUAAUUAACCCUCUCCAGUAGGUUUCCAGGCGAUGCCCCGUUCCAGCGACGCUGCCUCCUCUCCCCACCCGGCUCCCGCCCCUCCUGCGCGCUGCUCCCGGUAGAUGGAGCAUCCUCAUCGCUUUUCACCCGAAGCCCUCAGAAAUGUUGGUCUUUCCCUCAUAACUCCCGCUGUUAAAGCAAGAGGGCGGUUUCUGGGGGACAGGCUCCCCGCCGAUGUGUCCCUGAGGGAGCGCAGCGCUGCGGCCCGUGAGCCCCUCCGGGAACCGCCCGUUCACCUGCUGCGUGAGCGGCCUCGGCCCCUUCGCCUGGCGGCUGAACCUGCUCCGGGCUUGCCCCACAGCCAGCCCUGGCUCCCACCACCUCCGGUAGGGCGUGGAGGUGACAAGUUUACACAAUGAGUGACGAACUUUUGACCAACUUGGGCAAACUUCUGGUCGAGCUUGCUUUCCAGGUAGAACAACGUUCUUUUGCCAAGGAACGUGUGAAUCAACAGAUAAAUUCAUAUACUGCAGAAUUGGCAGAAAAAAAGGAUAAAAUUGCUAAGUUGGAGGAAAAUAUAAAGAAUGGCAAUGAGGAAGUAGCUGAUUUGAAAAAGCAACAUGAGAGCAGUAAGAAGAACUGUAAUGUUUGGAAGCCCACCUAUAAAAUUCUUAGCAAACAUGAAGAAUAUGUGAAAAAUGAACUUGAAGCUUUAGAGGAAGCUACAGAAAAUGAGAGGAAAAUGUAUGAGGAUUGCAUAACCCAGUAUAAGGAGGUUUUGGAGGAACACCGCAAAAAAUAUGCAGAGACUGCUCUUGCCCAGAGGAAUUACAGAAAAAAGGAGGAAGUUGAAGAAAUCCAAAAGAGAGUUUUGAAACACUGGAAAAAAUACAAAUGGAAGGAAGACGCUUGCUUGGAUCUGGAGGCUGUUCCUUUUAAAUCUGUAAAUGAUUGGGCUGUACACAUUGCAUCUUCGAAGCAAAAAACACAGGAAAUGUUACAUCUUGCCACUGUUGCUGCACAAGAACUCGUCAAACUGAAAAAAGAAGCAGGAGAAUUAGAAAUGAAGAUUGGUUCUUUAGAAAAGAGACGUGAAGCGGCUACAGAAGAUCAAGAUAACUCUGAAAUGACUGAAGGAAAAAAUCAAAAAAGUCUCGAGAAACCAGAGGAGUUUAAAGAAAGGAUGUUUGAAGAGCCUGAACACUCACCUUUGCCAAAAGAGAAACAUCAGUGGUGUAAACCAUUACCUGUCCUACACAUUCCUCAGAAAUUGGUCCAGUCUGUGCAGAGUAUUAGAUUCUCAAAUCAACAACCAGAAACAGGGAGAGAAGACAAAGAAAAAACAAUGGAACUUCCAGUUGCCACUAGCAGUUCCUCCAAUCUUGUACAAAAUUUGUCAGAGAUGGUUAUUGACACCACAGGGACCAACAACCCACGAAUUGCCCAAGUUCCAUCAAUAGCAAGCAUACAAACCCCAAUGAAAUUCAGAGUGACAAAUCCUCCAAAGCAGUUGACUUCCAGUCAGCAGUUUGAGAGUAAAAAGGCAGUAAUGGCAAACCAAGAGGCCAAACGUGGUGAUAAAGAAGCAGGUGAGCCGAAGGAAUCUUCGCACAUACCUCAAGAUGUACACACAUGUUUUAAUCCAAAUGAAGAUAAUCCUGACAUAGUAGAAGAAAGUGCAGAACCAUUUUUAAGAGCACCUAAAACACCUGACUUAAAGGGGAAGAAGAUGCAGUUCUCUGAAACACCUCCCUUUGACUUCAUUCAAAAUUUAGGUUGUGAAGAAGGAACAUCAAAAUCUCCUGCUUUCUUUUCUCUCAUGAACUUCUCCCAGAAGUCACCUGGCUUUAACUUCUUUGGUUCUUCUGUAUUUGGGGCACAAAACUCAUCUGAUGAGACAGAAGAAAAUUUUUCUGUGGGAAACCUGAACCCUCAGUCCCCACACAAAGAUAUUGGGAGCUUCUUUGGGAAACCUGAAAGUGAGGAUGCAUUUGCCUUUCCCUUCGCCUCAGAAUUGACUUCUCAUGCAUUUGGAGAUGGAAAAGAUGACUUUAGUUUUCCAUUUGCAUUUGGACAGGAUCAGAGAUCAUCACAAUCUCCUUCUAUGAAAGGUUUUCAUUCUUCCUUACAAAAUACAAAGCAAUUUACACUCUUUUGAAUGCCUUGACUUCCUUUUAAAUUCUUUUCCUACUUAGCCUUGACAAAUGUUUUCAGUUUCUGAAGUUAAAGUACAAAGCAUUUCAUCUACUCCUUUCAUUUCUGUAAGAAAUAAUGUAAGAAUACAUUACUGUAGUUGCUGCAAGAACAUGUGUGUGCUCAUCAACCACACACACUUUGAGAUGCAGAUUUAUUUUUCUUAUUUAUUUUCUAAAGGUGUUUUUUUCAUAAAAUGUUAUGAUACGCUCUUGCCAAAUUGGCACUUAGAAGCAGCAGAAAUAUCAUUUUACAGUAGUGAGUUAAUUGAAUAUCUGUAUGAGAGUAUCUAAACAUGUAGAUGACUACUUUCAGCCUCUGAUAUAAACUAAAUUACUUGUGUUAGUAAGAGUGACUGUUUAUUGUAGCAGUAAAAGCUGAAUUUGAGUUAAAGACACUGUUUUAAGCAUUCUGUGUGUAACAGCUGAUUUAUAAUUUUGAAAUAAACAUUUUUGUUAAUUUUA